UCACUGACCAAAUAUGCACGCAAGAAUCGUUGCUAUUGUCGAACCUGUCAUGCGUUGUUCGCAUAUCCUGAUGGUAAACAUGAACAUCACCGAGUGAUAAGCGGCUUGUCAAGUUUCACACUAGCUAUGCCCUCGUACUUUCUUGAACCACUCGAAGAAUCCUCCGAACAUCAAUACUUCUUUUCUAUGGAAUGGCUGAAAUUUAUGGCCUCCACUCUUCGCAUUCUUCAAAUUGAUAACGUCCUUUGUGUUGGAACUCCUCGGCUUGAACCCCUCUCCAUUAAUAAAUUUCUUCUUGAUCUCGACGCUCGUCUGGAAAGAUUUUAUUCCACAUCGCUAUUCGCCCGCUUCAAUGCACUUAACGGCCACUUUUUCAAUUCAACUGGAGUGGAUUCCUUUGAUAGGUUUAUUCGCUCUUGUAGCGGGCGCACUAUAAUAUUCUGUGAUCCUCCAUUUGGCGCCUUGAUGAAGCCCCUUGUGGAAACCCUAAAUAAGCUUAAACAAGGACUGGGAAGUUCACAGGUUUUUUUAGUGGUGACGAUUCCAUAUUUUAUUGGCAAGAAACUUUUGCAAGUCGCCCCAGAACUGAAAAUGCUCGAUUAUAAGGUAAUCGAAGGACAUGAUGGGAUUGAUUCAAAAAGAAGAGUUUCAGUUGUUCGACCAUUCACUGAUGUACCCGCUCAUGAAUUUCUGCCUCCUAAAAGUCUCGCCAAUCAAUAUUGGUUUUGUGAAACUUGCCAACGUUAUUCAGAUUUAAAAAACUUGCACUGCGACCAAUGCAAUGCCUGCACAACUAUUACAUACCAGCAUUGUGCAUCAUGUAACACGUGUCGCCCUCCGGGUUCCAAACACUGUGACAAGUGUGGCAUGUGCUUCCGACCAAAGGCUGACGAGGUUCAUGACUGCGACAGACACGUUUCCGAAAGUCCAGAAAGACCAAAUUGUCGAAAAGUAUCGACUUAA